AAACGCGGCUUUAACAGUGUUCAUACUUCAUAGGCGGAGAAGAAAGUACCUUGUCACUGCAAAUGAAGAGAAAGAGGAAGGAAAAGGAGGAGAUGGAGAUUGUAUGGCAAACUCCUGCAAACCCUCCAGAGCCCCACGACUACAUCUUCCGCAACGGGAGGCGCCAUGUUAGACCGUACUACUUCGAGUUCAUCUCCCAUGUCAAGGACCGGUGGGCGGGGAAACGCAUUGUCGAUCUUUUUGCUGAAGAGUUCAAGGGCCGGCCUUAUGAUUACUAUGUUAGCGCUGUGGAAUGUGGACGGAUACAGGUUGAUGGUCAAAUAGUGCCUGUUUCAUACAUAGUUAAACGAUCACAGAAGAUAAGCCACUUCUUACACAGGCAUGAGCCACCAGUGAUGGCAUUGGACGUCUCAAUUUUGCACAAAGAAUCUGACGUGCUUACUGUUUGUAAGCCAGCAUCUGUUCCAGUGCAUCCCUGUGGUCAGUAUCGCAAGAAUACAGUUGUUGGCAUCCUUCAGGCAGAGUAUAGCUUGGCACCUCUAUUUCCGGUUCAUAGACUGGAUCGCCUAGUCUCCGGACUGCUUAUCCUGGCUCGAACUGCUUCUAAGGCUGACUUUUUCAGGCAACAGAUUGAAGCCGGACUGGUGCACAAACAGUACAUCGCAAAAGUCAUUGGAGUUUUUCCGGAGGAUGAGCAAGUUGUCAGUGCAAAUGUGAAUUAUAAUGCUCGAGAAGGAAAGAGCACAGCUGAGGCGGGUGAGUCUUGUGGUGAUACUUCCCUGAAGGGGAAGAUUGCUUGUACAAAGUUUACUAGGAUUUGUACAAAUGGAAAUUAUAGCAUCGUUUUAUGCGAACCAAUCACGGGUCGAACUCAUCAAAUUCGUGUCCAUCUGCAGUAUAAAGGCUAUCCAAUAGCCAAUGACAUGCUCUACCUGUCUGAAUUUGUUCCUGAUCGUUCUGUUGGAGGGUUGAGUGCAGAUAGAGCUGCGGUUAAAUCCCAUUCUCUAGGAUCCAAUUCUAUCGAGAACUGUAUUAAUGAAUGUGAAGACAAGAAGGGUGAAGAUUUCAGCAUUGAUCCUAUGUGUACAAACUGUCCAAAUUUGAUUCCUAAAGGGUACGAUGCCUAUGAAGAGGGUUUAUGGCUACAAUGCAUUCGAUACUCUGGACCCGAUUGGAGUUACGAAUGCCCUUAUCCAGACUGGGCAGUACUUAGCUAAUUAUUGUUUUACUUUUUGCUUUUACUCGAUCCUUUUAACAGUGUUUUACUGCUCUGCUUGCGUGUGCGCCCGCAUGCAGAGAAUUUUACUAUAAAUGUAUUUUUAUCAUUCAUCCUACCAACCAAAAAAGGAGGGCAAGAACAGCCAGUGUUGAAACAUUUACGGGGGUAAUUUCCCUGUUUUUCAUAGAUAUCAAGUCACCCUUUCACA